AUGGAGCACAGUAUACUUCCUGGAAAAAUGUCCUUAUUUUCGGGCAGCCGAAUAUUUCUCAAAAAAAGCAAGGUAUUCGUCAAAAGCUACACUCAAAAGAGGGCACUGAAUUUCACUAAAGCGGAAAUCGAACUUCUGGAACAGCUGAAAAGUCUCACGAACAGCAAUUUGAACACAUUCGUUGGGAUCUCAUUCAAUCAGGGUCGAGAGCUGAUGGUAAUAUGGACUUAUUGCUCUAGGAAUAGCCUUGAUUACAUCCUUUUCGAGAAGGAACGGCAUUUUGGUCGGACUUUUCAGUGCUCCUUUAUCAAGCACAUUCUUAAGAUGAUGCGCAAAGAGCUUUCGUGCUUCCAAGGAGUCGACGUCGACAACCUUCCACCUAAAUAUUUGCAACUUCCACCGGAAAUACUUCGCUACGUGAUUGCUGAAGGUCUAAUUAGUCGUGGAUCUGUAAAAGCUGACAUCUACCAGCUGGGAAUGAUCAUAUAUCAAAUCCUCUUUCACACAAGACCUUUCGCAGACAAGUCGAAUCUGACUACGAGA